CAAAGGCUCUUUUCUCUAUCAAUUCAACAAAAAAUAGAAUCGCCUAACUUUGUAAAUCCGAUUUAUAGCUUUAUAUUUCCACUGUUAUUUUAUUCUACUCUUACAUUUUUUGGUGUCGGGGUGAAUUUGAUGUUGUUUCUGACAAGGAUCCUGCAUCAAAACAUUACUGAAGCUGCCAACAAUGUGAGCAUAUGGACUGGCACCGUCUACAUCUUCUCUCUUAUUGAUGCUUUUCUGAGUGACUUUUACUGGGGAAGAUUCAAAAGUUGUGCCAUUUUCCAGGUCAUCUAUGUAACUGUAAGUAUCCAUUUACUUGGCAUCUUACACACACGAUAUAAAACGUAAUUAAGUCGACUCGGAGUUUAACUGCGCUAGGUAUUCCUUUUGUUCUUUAUUUUAUAUGACGCACUAAUUAAAUCCAGAUAGUACUAUAAGUAGUACUGAUUAUUUAAGAAAACAUUGUAAUAAUAGUUGAAAAGUUUGUCUGCUAAAGAAUACACCACAUCCAAGUUCAAAAUGUAAUGAAUUUUAAAUUCUUAAAAGUCGUGAAAAUUGUUUAGGAAUAGAAUUGUGUCAAAGAUCUAACAUAUGUCUAGAAAUACAGAAAUUGUCGUAUGAAUUGGAAAAAAUGGAGUACUAUUAGUAGCGAAACAAUUACUACAAAGUUUGAUGUUUGUUUUUACCAAUCUUGCUUUCAAUAAUUGUUUUGGAACUCACUUAUUAACAAGGAUUAGUACUAUUAUCACUGGCGACACACCUUUACUUGCUCAAUCUGAAAGGUGGUAGGGAUCGAACAACUCUAUGUGAAGAGCGUUCAAACAUGGAGAUUAGUCUAUUCUACAUCCUUGUGUACAUGAUUUCUCUAGGAUACAGAGGCUAUCAACCUAACAUUGCUACCUUUAGAGAUGAUCAAUUUGAUGAACGUGAUCCCAGGGAAAAACCAUCCAAAGCGGCCUUCUUCAGCUACUUCUACCUAGCUCUGAACCUUGGUUCUCUUUUUUCUAACACUGUUUUAGACUUCUUUGUGGAUGAUGGUAUGCGGGCUCUUAGUUUCUGGGCCGCUGCUGGGUCCGCCUUUGCUGGAUUGACGCUCUUUCUUGGUGGCACCGCAAAGUAUAGUCACUUUAGGUUUAGUGGAAACCCUAUAACCAGGUUUUCUCAGGUUAUACUUUUUGCAUUGAAGAAGUGGAGAGUAGGACCGCCAGAGAACGAAGAUGUAUUUUUUGAAAGUGAUAAUGAGAGAUCCAAAACUGCUGGUAGAAAAAUACUCCAUGCCUAUGGUUUCAAGUGACUACCAAAGCACUAAUGUCUAGAAAAAAAGGGCAGCCCGGUGCACUAAAGCUAUCGCUAUGCGCGGUGUCCGGAGAAGGGCCCUAGAGUAACUGAAAAAGUUACUGCCAUGUGACCAGGAGUUCACGGGUUCAAACCUUGGAACAGCCUCUGGCAGAAAUGCAAGGUAAGACUGCGUACAAAGUACUAAUGUCCAAUUCAAAAAAUUCACAAAGAUGCUUAACGCAUGACUCUGUAAUUUUCCCAUUCUAUGAUAUACUGAUAAAUCUUUGUUGAACUGUAGAUUCUUGGAUAGAGCGGCCUUGAUCACAUCCAAGGAACUUGAUAAUGAGAACCAGAACAAUCGCAACUCAUGGUGCCUCUGCCCUAUUUCAUAAGUUGAAGAGGUUAAGUGCAUUUUGAGGUUGUUACCAAUUUGGCUAUGUACUAUACUUUACUCCGUUGUAUUCACCCCGAUGGCAUCAAUCUUUGUUGAGCAAAGUGAUGCCAUGAAGACAACAAUUGGCAACUUUAGAAUUCAACCAACCAGUAUAUCUGCCUUUGACAUCAUGAGUGUAGCGAGUUCAGUACUCCACUGUCGUCGAGUCAUUGAUCCUUUGGUGAAAAAAGUUUAAGAAGAUCAAGGGCGAGGCCUAAGGGAUAACUCAACUUCAACGGAUAGGUAUCAGACUUGUCAUUACUGUGAUGAUAAUGCUUUCAGCAGUAAUUUUUGUUGGGUACGAUGUAGUUUUGAUGAUUGACAAACUGACAAAGUAAUAUGAAACAUGUAGCUGAAACUUGUAGUAAAUCAUCGAUGAUUAAAGACAAGGGUGGAAGAAAUCAAGGACCGGAUAGGUGGCUAAUUUUGAUAUACUCAAAUUACUGAUCACGUGAGAAAUUGAAGAAAUUGUGGUUGAGUAAAAUACUUGAAUAUAAGCUAAUUUAAAUAAUUGAAGUUUGGCUACAACACUAAGGAGACAAGAGUUGGAAUUGAAGAAGGAGUCUCACUUGAAGUAGAACUCUAUGUAAUGAGAGUUCUGAUUAAAGAAGGAGUUUGAAAUAAAGAAUGACUCUUUGAAGAGUUAUGCUUAAAUAUAAUAUGCAUCAGUCAGAAUAAACUACGCACUUACGAAGCAACAAAGCACAAUUGACAGAUUGACUUCACGAAGUGCUACUCAAUCACUGAAGAAACACAUUGAAGAACCUGAUCCUAGGUAUA